AUGUGGUGCGUGGUAUUCGUCUUCUCCCUGUUCGUCUGCUCACUUGCCAGCUCCAGUGAGGAUCAGCUGUCGGAGCAGUUCUGCCGCCAGUUUCCCUCACUACAUCUGUGCCGUCUCCACGACACACUCCAAGGGUCCCUCGUCGAACUGCAGUACUUACUCCAGGACACUAAUGUGGAAACAGGAGAGCCAGGAAUCACUGCACAGAAACGCAAGUCGGCGUUCGUUCGCUUCGGAAAGAGAUCUAUUGACGAGGCUGGGGAUGUAGAAAAGAGAAAGUCGGCAUUUGUGCGAUUCGGUCGUUCGGCACCAUUCGAUAUGCCGGAGAAGAGAAAAAGUCAAUACAUUCGAUUCGGCAGAAAGUAG